UGGGUGGUCACUGCUGCCCACUGUGGCGUCAGGACCACUGACACCGUGGUGGUGGGUGCGUACGACCAGCUGUCGCCCUCCCCUGACGAACAGAGGCUGACCAUUGAGAAGGUCUUCAAGAACCCCAGGUUCAACAUGCUGACCAUCCGCGAUGACAUCACCCUGCUCAAACUGGCCACCCCGGCGCGGCUGUCGGCCAGUGUGUCCCCCGUCUGCCUGCCCCAGGCCACUGACGACUUCCCAGGGGGCAUGACCUGCGUCACCACUGGCUGGGGGCUCACUGACCCCAACG